AUGGAAUCUUUGCUAUCUCACUUUGAGACUUCUGCUCAAUCAACAGUAAAUAAUGCUCAACGAGCUCUUGAAGAAAUCGCCGAUAUCAACACUUUAGAAAUGCAUAUUGAGUGUCUUGAUCAACUCGUGCAAAUUUAUCGUCACUUGAUGAUAGCACCACACGUGCACUUGCGAUUAGAAACUAUCGAAAAUCUUCGCAGCGCAUUAAAACAGAAAGUCAACAGACUUAAUUCGUCAUCAACUUCAAGCAGAAAUCGUUUAAUCCAAUAUGAAAGUACAGGCGGGAGAAGACGCGUAGUGAUACCUGUUCUAAUUACGAGAAAUUUGCGAGAAGAAGGACUCAGUUGGUCAAAUAUUGCCAACCUUUUCGGUAUUUCUGACAGAACGUUACGAAGGCGACGCAAUGAAUUAAAUAUUCCUGACGAUUUCACAUAUUCAAAUGUAACCGACGCAGAGUUAGAUAAUAUUGUAAGGCAAAUAAAAGGAGAAAACCCAUUUGCUGGACAAAUAUUGGUAAUGGGUGGGUUACGAAGCAGAGGACUACGAGUGCACCGCCAAAGAGUUCGCGAAAGCUUACACCGAGUAGAUCCAUUCGGGACCGCUAUGCGUUUACAAAAUUUAAUCCCACGACGGAGGUACAGUGUGGCAGGACCUAAUGCUUUGUGGCACAUCGAUGGUAAUCACAAACUCAUUAAAUGGAAAUUUGUUAUUCAUGGCGGCAUAGAUGGCUACUCCCGUUGUGUAGUUUAUCUUAAGUGUAACCCAAACAAUAGAGCCACAACAGUUCUAAACUGCUUUAGAGAAGCAUGUGCCACGUGGGGAGUUCCAAGCCGAACUCGAAGUGACCAUGGGAUGGAAAAUAUACAAGUGGCUGACUUUAUGAUCAAUUAUAGAGGUACUGACCGUGGCAGUCAUCUAUGUGGAACUUCUGUGCAUAACCAACGGAUUGAGCGUCUAUGGGGUGACCUCAAUAGAACGCUAAUUAAAUUCUUUCGGUUAAUAUUUAUUCACCUUGAGGAAGAAUAUAAUUUUGACAUAGACGAUGUUAUUCAGUUGUAUUGUCUACACUAUGUAUACAUGGAGCGGAUAAAUAGAGCUCUUAAUAUGUUCACAGAAAACUGGAACAAUCAUUCUAUUCGCACAGAGCACAAUCGAACACCAUUGCAAUUACGGCAAAUUGGAAUGACAGCAAAUCAUUAUUUAGCUUAUGAAGAAUAUAAUAACAUCGAUGACAAUUAUGGUGUUGAAGAAAUUCACGAUAACAAUGAACAGGGCGAUAAUGAAGACGGCAAUGUAACUGAUGAGACUUUUAGGAAUUUAUUAACUAGAAAUGAAUAUGAUGUCCUAAGAAAUCGGUUUAAUCCAAUUGAUGACGAUGAGAAUUCUGGUAUCAAUAUAUUCCUAGAAACCGUUGCAUUUGUCCGACAAUUACUUCAAAGCAGAUCUAUUGAGCAUCAACCGUAG